AUGCCAGUGGAAGAAGCAAAUCCACCAGGAAGAAAGCAGAGAAGGGCCGCGAUGAAUGAGCAAGAAGAGAAAGAAUCGGAGAAAGAUAAGGAAGAGAUGAUGGAAAUAUCAAUGGAGGAGUUAGAGGCCAGGCCAGAGGAUACGCCAAGGCCAAAGCCUGACGGGGAAACUCAGCAAGAAAUGCUGGCGGAAGAUCCGGCAAGGACGGUGGCUGUAGGGACAGAUAUAGAUCCAGAGGUUAGGAUCAAUUUGGUGGCUCUCUUAAGAGAGAAUGCAGACGUCUUCGCGUUCUCCGCUGAUGAGAUGCCAGGGAUAGACCCUUAUGUGAUUGUCCAUCGCUUAAAUGUGGAUAGUGCCGUCCGUCCCAUCAAGCAGAAGAAGAGAAAUUUUUCGGCCGACAAGAAUAAAGCCAUAAAAGAGGAGGUAGAUAAAUUGUUGGCGGCAGGAUUAUCGAGCCAUGUGACUACCCAGAAUGGUUGGCUAAUGUCGUUAUGCAAAAGAGGAAUAGAUGCAAACCAGAAAAGGUUCAGGCAAUAUGGAGCUUGCCAGAACCAAAGGGGUGAAGAUAAUCCAGAGAUUAACUGGAAGAAUGGCGUCCCACUCGUUUAUCUCCAAGUCAGCGACAAGCCUACCUUUCUUUACUUUGUUAGGGGAAACAACAAGUUCGAGUGGGGGGAAGAGCAGAGCAAGGCCUUCUCGGCCGUAAAAGAGCAUUUGAAAAAAUUACCAACCAUCACAAGACCUGAGACAGGGGAUGUACUGCAGUUAUAUGUCUCAGCAUCACCAAAGACGGUCGCGGCCGUACUAUUGGUGGAAAAGGAGAAAAGGCAGUGCCCCAUAUACUUUAUAAGUCACAUUCUUAACGGCCCUGAAAGCCGUUACCAGUUGGUGGAGAAGAUGGCCUUGGCAGUCAUCAUAGCAGCCAGGAAGCUCAGGCCAUACUUCGAUUGUCAUCCCAUUCAGGUGCUCACAAAUCAACCACUGGAAAAAGCUCUUCAGAAGAUGGAUAGUUCGGGUCGUCUGCUGAAAUGGGCCGUAGAGCUAUCUGAGUAUGAUAUUCAAUACAAGCCCAGAACCGCCAUCAAAGCUCAGGCCUUGGCGGAUUUCAUGGUAGAGGCCUCGUAUGAAGAAGAAAAGGUAGAGCAGAAAGAAAGCUGGCUAUUGGAAGUAGAUGGAUCCGCUGCUGAUAGCGGCUCAGGAGCCGGUAUAGUAAUGACAAGUCCGGAAGGUAACAGUUUCCAAUACGCUAUCAGGUUCGGUUUCCCAACAUCAAACAAUGAAGCGGAAUAUGAAGCAGCCAUAGCUGGUCUGAGAAUGUGUUUGGCGGCUGGUGCCAAGCAAGUACUCCUAAAGACAGACUCACAGUUGGUUAGCGGCCAGCUGAAAGGGGAUUUUGAAGUUAGAGGAGUAAACAUGGCGAAGUACGUGGAGAAGGCUAAAGAGUUGAUAGCUCAGCUCCGACAUUUCGAAGUACAAGCCAUACCGCGAGCAGAAAACGCGAAAACGGAUGCUCUCUCUAAACUUGCCAGCUCCGAUUCGUUUAACGUUGAAAGGACAGUCACUAUAGAUAUGCAAAAAGAUAAGAGCAUUUCAGAGGAAAUUGUGACCGUCAACGUAGUAAAUCAGCAAGGGGAAUGGUUCAGUGAGUUGGUGGCGUACAAGCUGACAGGGGCACUCCCAAAUAAUCCUUUCGCCGCAAAGAAAUUAAGACGGCAAGCCAAUUGGUACAUCAUAUACCGAGAUGAACUGUACAGAAAGUCAUUUAGUCUGCCUCUACUAAAGUGCGCAACAGCAUGGGAGUCAAAGAAAAUACUGGAAGAAAUACACGAGAGCAUAUGUGGAAAUCAUAUUGGCGGAAAAGCUCUAGCAUUGAAGGCGCUAAGGGCUGGGUUCUACUGGCCAACUAUGUUAGCGGAUGCUCAGAGUUAUGUAAAGAAAUGUGAUAAGUGCCAGAGGUACGCCCCCGUCAUUAAUAGGCCAGCUAAUGAUUUGCAACCCAUAUUAUGUCCCAUCCCGUUCGCGCAAUGGGGGAUGGAUAUCCUGGGACCUUUCACAAAAGCAACGGGAGGAAGGAAGUUCCUAAUAGUAGGUAUAGACUACUUCACAAAGUGGAUAGAAGCAUAA